UUUUUUUUUUUAGGAGUCAAAUGCGAUGCUUGCAAUGCAAAUGCCUUUCAAUUACGUCGAUAUAAAUGCCUCCGUUGUAUCGACUUUGAUCUCUGUGGAUAUUGCUAUGACAACCAGCGUGAAACCAACUCUCACAAGAAAACUCAUCCAACUCAAUGCCUUAUCCUAGAGGGAGAUUACAAUAUUUUUUAUCCAAAUAGAAAGUCUGAUACAACAACGAGAAGCUACACUUGCCCGGUAUGCGGUGCUAUGGGUUUCCAAGUUGCGGAAUUGGGGGCACAUGUGUUUGACCAGCAUGGUUCCUCACGCGUGGGUGUUAUUUGUCCCAUUUGUGUGGCUCCGCUCCCUGAUGAUUCGAGUGGUGGUGGAGGAAACUCGAACAAAUUGCAUAACUCUUUCUCCCAUCAUCUCAUGGACGCUCAUCACAUCAAGAGGUCCCCCACAUCCAUUGAGCCCCCCGAUGUGACUAUGAGAAAGUCUGUCUGUGAGUCACUCUUAAGCAGUGAUUUCGUGCUGCCCAUCUCGGUUGACUUUGCUAAUCUAAUUCAGAAACGCAGCUUAAGAAUAAAUUACCACUUUUAUUUUAAACUAACAUAG